UAUUACUUAUGUGAUGCUGGUUACAUAAAUGGGGAAGGGUUUCUUACACCUUAUAGAGGGCAAAGAUAUCAUCUUAGUGAAUGGAGACAUGCGACAUAACCUGCAACACCACAUGAAUUUUUUAAUAUGAAACACUCAUCUGCUAGGAAUGUCAUAGAAAGAUGUUUUGGGAUGUUGAAGGGACGUUGGGGAAUUUUAAGAGCUAAGUCAUUUUAUCCUAUUAGAACACAAUGCAGGAUUAUAACUGCAUGUUGUUUGCUUCAUAAUCAUAUCAGAAAAGAGAUGGCAAUUGACCCUUUAAAAGAUCGUAUAUUUGACAUGGAAGAAAAUGAAGACAUUCUGGAAGUUAAUAGGAUAACUCAUGUAAAGACAUCUGAUGCUUGGACACAUUGGAGGGAUGAGCUUGCACAACAAAUGUUUAACACUUGGAGGAGACAUGUUUGAAAUAUUCACAAUUCCGUGUUUCAUUUAUGUUAAUUUGUAAUAAUUGACAAUUCUAAGUGGUUUAUUAAUUUUGUUGUAAUGGUGACAAUCCGAUCUUUUAUUUUCAUUAUGAUGUAAUAAUAUGUAUUCAUAAUUUUUUUUUUUUGUUGAUUUGGUUUGUUUUGCCUAUGUUAUAUAAUUGUUGUCUUUUUGUCUAUGCAUUUUUCUUUAUAUAUAUUUAACUUUUUUUUCCUUCACUAGAUGGCAAAUAAUAGUCAAUCUACAUUAAAACGUACUAACCAUCAGUGGACAUCAGAAAAGGAUGCAAUACUUGUUGAGUGUCUAGUUGAAGUUGGACCAUCUUGGAAGGGCGAUAAUGGAUUCAAGCCUGGAUUUGCUACUCAUUUGGAGAAAAUGAUGCUUGAGAAAAUGUCUGGUUGUACUUUGAAAGCUAACCCUCAUAUUGGGUCAAGAAUUAAGCAAUUAAAGAAGCACUAUAAUGCAAUUUGUGAAAUGAUGGGGCCUAGGGGUCCUAGUGGAUUUGGCUGGAAUGAUAAAGACAAAUUGAUUGUGGUUGAAAAAGAAAUAUAUAAAGAAUGGAUAAAGACACAUCAUUCUGCUAAAGGGCUUUAUAAUAAGCCAUUCCCUUACUUUGAUGUAUGGGUCCAAUUUUUGGUAAGGAUGUAGCUAAUGGAGCUGAUGCGGAGGAUCCAUCAAAUGUUGUGGAAGCAAUGGACAAAGAAGCUAAUGUUACUGAAAUUGAGUAUGGAGAAGAUGGACUUUUGGACUUUGUUGAGGAAACCCAACAAAUAUCCACUAAUGACAAUAGUGCUAAAGAGGUUGGGGGAUACGCUAAUGGGUCAAAUUCUGCUAAAAAAAGUAAAAAGAAAGAGAGGCAUGAUGAUUCAAUAAUUGAAAUGGUAUCUGAGACUAUGGAGAGGCUUGGUCGUGUUUAUGAGAGCACUAAUGAGAAUAUUAAGGAGUUGACUUCCUGUUUUAAGCAUGAAUCUGAGGGAAGUAAUAGGAGGAUGUCAAUUUUUGAAAAGCUUAUGAAGAUUGAAGGAUUGACUGCUCAAGAGAGGGUUCGAGUUGGUAUGACUAUAUGUAAGGAUAACAAUAUAAUUGACUUUUUUAUGCAAGUGGAUCCUGAGCAAAAAAGAUGUUGGUGGCCCAAAUAUUGCCUGAAAAUCCUGGUUUUUAAAUUGAUGUAAAGACUCUAGUACUUGGAUUUUAUUUUGAUUUGUGGAUUUAUGUGACUACUUAUGUAGCAAACUUUUAAUUGAUAUUAAUACUUGUGAA